GUCAUCGCCAUUAUUGUUUUCGGUCGUGUUUUCCGUUUUUGAUCGGAGGCUUGAAUAGUACUGGGUGGAAAAUAAACGGACGGAAUACUGCCUCGGCAAUUCUGUAACGAAAUUAAGUUGGGUUAGAACGGCGCAGUACGGCAUAACAGCUGCGUUGUGCACCCGAUACAAAGGGGAAGCCACCAGAAUCAGCAUCAUCAGCAUCGUUUUACGAUUGUUUUGCUUUUGCCAUUGGUGCAUCAAUGUUUUGUUCAGAAUGGCGGAAAAGGACGGAUUUGUAGAAAAUGUGGGAUUUCUUUAUCGUACGAUGGUGGAACGAGACCCAAGCAAAAGAAGAGUAAAGCCUGUUGAAAAUCACCUACAACUUCUCGACUUCGCCGAUUUGGGUGACAGCUCUGACGACAGCGACUUUCACAUCGAUGACCACGAAAAAGACCUGGAAUCAGAUGACCAAGGAGAUUCAUCUGAGAACAACGAUGAUGAUGAUGUUGAUGGUACAUCUGAAGAGGAAUCUGAAGAUGCAAAUAUCCAGCAGAGUAUCCAGGAUGGUGUUGAAGAAACAAAGGCAGCACCGUUGGAAACGAAAAAGGUUCCGAAAAUUAUCGUUGGGGACCUAAUAGAGCGAGCAAUGCAAAGGCAAAGCCAGGCAAGACAAAGGAUAUCAAGUGGAGAGUCCUCUUUCAAAUUCAAGGUUUCCAUUUGCAGCGUCUGUCUGGGAGACAUAAGCAUUGAAGAUGACGAAAUCGUCGAGUGCGACUGUUGUGGUGUCUCUGUUCAUGAAGGUUGCUAUGGCAUUAGUGACACUGACACAGUUCUGAGUUCAGUGUCAUCUAGCUCCACAGAGCCAUGGUUCUGUGACCCUUGCAAGGCAGGGCAGAAGGAUCCUGUUUGUGAACUUUGUCCCAACACUGGUGGUAUAUUUAAAGAAACUGAGGUUGGCAAGUGGGUGCAUCUGGUGUGUGCUCUGUACAUUCCUGGUGUUGCAUUUGGCAAUGUGGAAAAACUCACUCCCGUUACCUUAUUUGAGAUGCCGUACUCUCGCUGGGGUGCAAAGCCCUGCUCCCUUUGUGAAGAUGACCGUCUGAGUCGGACAGGUGUGUGCAUCUGCUGCGAUGCAGGCAUGUGCAAAACCUAUUUUCACGUUACUUGUGCACAGCGUGAAGGACUGCUUUCUGAAGCUUCAAUGGAAGAGAUUGCAGAUCCAUUCUUUGCAUAUUGCAAGGUUCAUGCUGAUAAAAUGAUUGUGCGAAGUAAACGGCGAAAUUGGUUAGCCCUGCAGUCACGGAAGAAGGAAAGGAUGUAUGAAGUUAAGGAAGAUCCAAAAGAACAGUCAAGAGUGGAACGAAAGUUGGAAUGGCACCGUGAAAAAUACAGAAAAAAUAAAACUGAAAGACCUCCACCAUGGGUCCCCACACAGAAAAUGCCUCGCUUGCUCACAAGUAGCGCAUCAGCAUGUCGCAAGCUGCUUCGAAAAGCCGAACUGCUUGGUGUGAGCCCUCAAGCUCACCUUGCUGCUGAAAGUAUUGCCGACGUUCAUCGGAAAUGGCAUGUGCCUCCUGCUUUCAGCCUCGAAUUUGUCAGCUACUACGUAGAUAGAUGCAGCCGAGUUGCAACCAUGCAGCGGCGACUCGAUGAGCUCUUGCAACAAAAUGCUCAAUACCAGGAAGAAGAACAGCAACUCCGGAACAAAUAUGAAGCUCUUGUAAAGGAGCUGGAAGAACUUAAGAAAGAAAACAGCCAGCUGCAAGAAGCAGGAGUCAACCUAUGGAACAUACUGUGUGACCUAGGCACUGAGAAGUUACCCUGGCCAGAUAUCUUAGAAGCAAAAAAGCCAGCAGCAAAGCCAGCUAGUAGAACAAAUCGUCGUUCAGAUUCUGGCUCUUCGUUUCUUUUUGAGUGUGGAGUAUGCAAGGGAUCUCAGGACCAGCAUCAGCUCGCCAGGUGUGAUAGCUGCCAGCUACACUACCACCUCUACUGCCUUGAUCCACCUCUUACGAGGAUGCCCAAGAAAACGAAGUCGAUGGGAUGGCAGUGUAGCGAAUGCGAUAAAAAUGCUGAUGAUGAGAAAGAGAGACACUGCGACCUCGACGCUCCACGGCGCCUGCGGGACUUUCCACGGGGAACCGUGAGGUACGAGGGCAUCCCAUACUGCAUUGAAGACAAAAAGCCAAGCAGGAUGAGUAGGCGUGUCAGGCAAUCAUCAACACCUGUAGAACCGAUGGAGGAAGACUCUUCAUCUGCAUCAACUCCUGAGAAGCAGAGGAAACUUUCUACUGGAGGGGCUUCCAGCAAAAAACGCAAGCGUUCCCUCGAUGCACAAGCCUAUAAGAAGUCAAAGCGUUCUAAACGGCGCAAGGUAUCUGCAUCUACUAAUGGCACAACAGGCAUAAAGAUCCAGGAUGCUGUAGUGCAGGAACCACCACCAGUCGUGCCAACUGAAGAAAAUGAAAUACAGGUUAAGGAAGAGGACAAAAGCCUUCAGCCUGACAAAGAAGUCAAGGCGGAAUGUGUUACGUGUGGUACACCUGGUGACUCUUCUAGCCUUGUCAUCUGUGAUGCGUGCAACAAGGGCUAUCACUUUCUCUGCCUACAUCCUCCAGUAAAGAAAUCCCCAAAGCAGAGAGGGUACACCUGGCACUGUGAAGACUGCACUGCAUUUUUGGUCUAGAUUCCUUUCCUGUAAUUGGCAUUGGCUGGGACUCACUCUGCAAGGUUAAAGAAGAAGUAUGUAAAGAGGUGCAACAUUUUGAGGAGUGUAGAAGUAAAUUUGACUUAUUUUACAUGUA